ACAUGAAUUAUAACCUAUGGCUUUAUUCCAAUUUUUGGAUCAUUUUAAGUUAUGCAAUGGUGACAUGGUUACAUAAAUAAUUUACACGUCUUGGAUGAAAUUUGGUAAAAUCAUGGUCUAGCUAAAUUCCUACCUAAUUAGAAGAGGAAGGUGUAGAGAGAGUUAGGUUGAAGGUUAGUGGGGGUUGUUUCUGGUUGGGACAAGUGGGAAAAGGGGAAUGAAGGGAAGUAUCAUGGUCUCAAGGAUCAUUUCUAGUUUGCUGAUUAUGAUGAUAGCUUUGACGAUGAAUUCAAAGAAAUUUAGUGAUGAGUUAUGUUUUUCCUUCUUCGUCUCUCAUCUCGCCUUUUAAAUUUGAACAAAUUUUAUGGGUUUCAGAUCUUCUUUGCUUUUUAAUGCUUUGUCUGUUUGUCUCCCUCAAUCUAUGAAAUUGUUCUUUUGAAUUGAGCAGCAAGGCAAUUAUUCUGCAUCUCAACAAGAAGUCUCAACAAGUUUUGUAAGUUAGUACCUACUACCUCCUGUUGGUUGUGAAUGGUAAUGGAUGGACUUUCCCAUUAGCUUUUGUAUAGAGGUUCUGUUAUCAUCAUUAAAACACUGAAACUAUGUCAGCUUUCUAACUACACAGGCUGGUUCGAGUGUUGCUGUGGGAAAGAUUGAAGCAAAACUAUAGUAGAAAAGGGACUCUAAUAAGGUGAAUUCUGCUAUACUCUCCUACUUACACAGUCAAUUACUGAUACUUUAGCCAUUUACAGGAUGCAAGACAGAAUUUUGUAUAUCGAUGAAGCAAGUCGGGUCAAUUCUCUAAUGCAAGAGGGAGUUGUGUUUGGUAGAUAUGUUCCCCCAUCCGAGUAUGUUUCAUUCUUAAAUUCUAAGUAGCAUAUAUAAAUGCAAGAGCAGUGAUGCUGUUGGAUUCUCUCAAUUCGUUCCUGAUGUACAUGAAAAUUGCUCCUCCCACUAAAAAUUAUUGUAAAUGAGCAUCCCGGGUCAUCUUAUGAUUUUAUUUUUUCAGGAACCAUCAUGGGUAAGACCAAGACAAGUAUGGAAACAGCAUAUGAAGAGAGGGUGCUGUAACAGUCUGAUCAUAUGGUGUAAACACCAAAUACUCCAGCAUCAUUGAGCACGAGUUCUAGGUUGGUACCUCUUCUGCUUUUAUAAACUUGUUCUUUGGUUGUUUUCCAUUGAGCAAGAUUUGAAUGAACGGUAGACUGAAACUAGUUUGUAUGUAGAGAACAAAUGGUCAUAAUUCUCAAAACAAAGCUGCCAACUAGCCCCUCACAUAAAUUUGUUGUCAAGGUCCAAAUACAAAUCCAUCCAAAAAACUACAAUACUAAACAAAAUGAGAUAUAACCCAGCUUCCUCAUCAUUGUUUGAUGAUGUUCUUUCCCUUGCUGCUACCUUUAGACUAUCUCCUCUUCUGUAACAGCAUAGACAAUAUAGAAUGAAACAAUUAACCGAAAUAACAUUUAUGUUUUAAAACAUGGUUUUACUGAGACGUACCUAGGGAGGCUCAUCACUUGGAGGUUGAUUAGAGUGUGGUGUACUUGACUAGGUUCUCCGCGCUCUCUAAUGGCUUUAGUAGCACUUCUAGUACGUGGCAUCGACUGUUUCAAAAAACGAGCAUUCAAUACUUGUGAUAUUAUUCUAUAAUUGUCAACAACCAACAUUGAUUUACAAUGAAUAGUUCACAAACAUUAAGAAGAUGAACACUGACCUUUGGGGGCUGGCCACCUUUCUCAUCAUUGAUGUUGCCAUCAUCUUCCUCAUUAUACCCAUCAUCAUUCUCAGGAGCAUCUCAAUCCUCAUUGGCGUCGUCAUCAGAUGAAGGAGGCGUAGGUGGUGGGAUGAAAUCAUCGAGUUCAGGACAAGUAUUUCUAUAAUGUCCAUCCUUUUUCUUGCACUUACCACACCUUCGCGUUUUAAGUUUGGGACGCUUUGUUCUCUUGCUUUUCCUACACCCUUUAUAUAUUACUUUCUUUGGGUCUAGCACACCUUCGUACUUCUUGGGUAUGACCAUUGUCUUUCUCUCGGCUAGGGUCGUUCCCAUCAUUUCUAACUUGUUAGUAACUGCUGUAAUACCCCUCUGAGUAACCUGAUAAGAGAGUGGAGAACCUGCCCCUAAUAAGAACAACCUCAUCGCCAGGAACUAGAAUGACCCAUACCUGCUGUUGAAAUGAUGAUCAUCCCCGAUAAUCCGUGGAAGUGGCAUACUGGGCAACAACUUUGUGUUCUUGGACCAUCGUUUCAGUGCAAAAUUCUCGGGAAGGCUUUUCACCCUUUUUUCCUUCAGCACAAAGAUCAUGUGUGUGCAUGGUAUUCUCAUACUCGUAAACUUACCACAACCCCACUCCAUCUCAUUUGUGUUAAUAUUAUAUUUCAUCUCCCGGACCGUAUCUUUGAUAAACAUGAUCAGACUGUAUAUGUGUAAGUUCCCAUCAACACUUGUACCAUUCUUGAUGCAACCCUACAAUUGCUUGUAUCCAUUUGUGAAUUCAUCAAAGGCUGUUUUUGUGAAUAACUUAGCUGCACUUAGUUCUAGGGUCCUUAGGACUUUCAAAAUGUCCAUAUUCUCAAGAUGCGUUUACACUGCUUUGGUCAGUAAUACUUGACCUGAUUUGUUGAACAUUCGAUGUCUUAUUAGGUAUCAAUCACCAUUUCAAAUCCUGUUUGUUCGAAAGCCCCGUGUUGGUUAACGAAAUUGAGGAAAGCUACGACUGGGCUUUAAAUAUUCUAAAGGACAUGCUGGGCGAGAAAGUGAUUCAUACCAUUGUAACAGAUGGGGACAAAGUGAUGCAGAAUGCCAUUCAGAAUGUCUUCCCACACGCAACCCAUCGGUUAUGUGCAUGGCAUCUCUCAAAUAACAUUAAAAGCAAUGUGAAGAACAAACCAGAAUUUGUGGAGGGAUGGAGCAAAUUUGAGGAUGGUGACCAUAUGGAGGUUGAAUUUGAAGAGAAAUGGAGGGCAUUGUUGUAGAAGUAUUCAUUGGAGAAUCAUUCAUGGAUUUUUAGAUAUUUGUUUGAUAAACGAAGAGAAUGGGCAAAUACAUACAUGCGCUCUAACUUAUUUGCUGGCUUGAAAACGACCUCCAGAUGUGAGGGAAUUAAUGCAUAUAUUGCAA